AUGUUCAGGUAUAGAGCUUGCAAUGUACUGUUACGGUAUUUAACUAAAACUAAAUUCUCGUUAGAAUUUGUAUCAAUCUCAGACCCAUUAUGUAGCUCGGUGUCUUACUAUAUUAACAAUAACUUAAAUCCAUCUAUAGUUCUUAUAUUUAAUGAUGUACCAAUUAAAAAAUUGGAUGAAGAACAAAUACCAUUGAAGUUAAGUGAAGUAUUUAAAAAGCUUAUUGAUGAUGAAGAUUAUUUUGACCUAGAAAGACUGAGAACAUCUAUUAAAAAAUAUAAGCUAUCCCUAUUAAAAACACUAGAAACUAAUCCUAAUUCUACUUUACCAUUCUUAAUCAUUUUUGACUUUUUGUAUGGUAAGAGUAAAUCAGAUUUAGACGAAAUAUUGAACACAAUUAGCAUUUUGAAUAAACUUAUAACUGAAGAUAUCUUGUUUUGGAUAAAAAUUUUAAGAGAUUAUUUAUUAAACGAUCACAAAGUAGUUGUAAGAGGAAUUCCAUCUAUAAAAAAACAGCACGAGCUAUCUAAUGAAGAAAUUCAAAGAGUAUCACAACGCAAAAAUGAUUUAGGCGAUGAUGGUUUAAAAUUAAAAGCUAAUGAACUACUGAAUGCUAAAACAGAAUGUGAAAAAAAACCCCCCAGUCAAAUGCUAACGUCAAUUAAAAUCCCUAAUGUUGAACUCGUACAGUUUUUAAUUCGUGAUACUUUUUCAUCAAAUUCAAUAAAUCAACACAAAUUAUUCAAUACUUCUGAAGUUCCAUUGUUUGUUGAAAUCGAUAAUGUUAAAAGUAAUUUUGUUUAUAUUAGAGCAUUUUUCAACACUAAAGACAUGGCAUUACAUUUAAGAAAAUACUUACCCGUUUUUCUUGGUUCAAUAACGAAUAGUACUAUAAUACGAAAUGGUGUAGAAAUAGAUUAUAUAGAAUUAGAAAAAGAUAUUCUUCAAAAACAAGCAUCUAUUGGGAUUUCUUCAGGAACGUUUACAUUUGGAUAUUUUUCCUCUGUUAUAAAUAUGUCAGUUAAGGUCGAACUAGAAAAAUAUCAAAAAAGCAUCAAAUGGCUUCAUGAUAUUCUUUAUAAUACAGUCAUUACUAAAAAUUGGCUUUCUGUUAUAUUGUCAACAAUGAUAAAUGAAAUUUCUAGCUAUCGUAGAAAUGGAAGAGACAUGGUAAAUCAAAUUUUAACGAAUAUGGUGUACAAACAAGAUAACAAUGCAUACGUUUGUAGUACCUUAAGACAAUAUAAGUUUUUAACUAGUUUGCAAAAAACAAUUGAAACUGAAGAAGAUAACAUUAAAUUACACAUAACUGGUAAUAUAGAUAAAUUAUGUGAUAUUAUUACUGAAGCUUCCGCUGCAUUACAUAAAAUAAUUCCAGAUAAUUCACAGCCAUUAGUACAUCCAUUUAAAACACAGUUUGAUUCUGAAUUUAUUUUACCUUUAAAUCAAUGUGAAAUUCGAGGUUGUAUUGUUGGAAUGGGUUCUAUAGUUUCAAGUUUUUUUAUCCAAGCUACUGAUUGUAUAAACGAUUAUAACCAUCCAGAUAUAGCUGCUAUUCGUGUAUUAUUGAUAUACUUUACUCAGAUGGAA